UCAGCCGCCUAUCCAUAUCCGUAUUGAGUCUCAAUAAUCGAGCUGUCAAGCUUGCCGUAGUUCAUCUCCACACCUUGUGAAACACACCUUGAAUACGGUCAAGUUCGCGCCCAACACUGCUCAACUUUAUUCACCAUCUCCAAGAUGUUCACCACAGACGUGCAUUGCAAAGCGAGCUGGCGACAUGACGCUAGCCCACGUGGCCAGCAUCAAAUCGAGAUCCGACGCUUCCCUUUGCCUCGCGAGGCUUGUUCCCUUUUAAGUCGUCUCCGAGAGGAGUUGAUGGUGGUUUUUCCCCAGCUUCGAAACCACGCGUUUCAGAUCUGUUGGACCGAUUCCGAUGGGGACAAUAUUGUUAUUGGCGCGGAUAGAGAGUUGGCCAUUGCAUUUAGUGAGAGAGAUGGCCACGUGUUCAAGAUCAUUGUGGAGACCAAGAUGAACACGGAGAGCCCGACUCAUGCGACUCAAGUGCAGAAUCAAAAUGAAAGAAAGGCUCUCAAAAGAAGAGCGUUCGACUCGGAACAACGGAUGGACAAUCCGGAACAAAGGAUGGACUAUCUGGGUCAAAGAAUGGACAAUCUGGAGCACAGAAUGGACAAUCUGGAGCAAAGAAUGGACAAUCUGGAGCAAGAAAUAAAAAAUCUCAGGAGGUUAGUCGAGGAUCUCAAAGCUACGGUCGAAGGUAUUCAAGCAGCCUUGGCGGGUUUAAAUCCUAGCCCUUCGCCUGUUGUUGGAGGAUGAGAUGGGCAGGAAGAAAACCCACCCGAACCUUCAGCUGAAAAACCACCCCAACCUCGAGUUGACACUCCAAUCUUAAGAGCCUUCUUACGGCAACCGUGUAUCGACAAAAAGUAGAUUUCUAAUAUCUACCUGAAGAUUGGUUGAAUUAUUUGAGACAUCAAAUACUUAAUCGCAUCUGACAUUCUAAUUGCCACUCAAGAUCGUUCUUAAGGUCGGUGGCAAUAACGAAACCACUCAGUGCCAUCAUCAACCCAACCGAUUUAUUCACAACUAAAUUGUAAAUGAAGUACAUUAAAAGAUUUUGAUUGGA